CACAUUUCUGCUUCCUGGGACAGUCCCAGGCCUGGAUGCCAAAGCCCAGAAUUCUCGGUCCCUGGGAGAGGCAGAAGGUGGCCGGCAGCCGAGGGCAGGAGAUGCAGAGCACAGCCAAUUACCUGUGGCACACGGACGACCUGCUGGGCCAGGGGGCCACUGCCAGUGUGUACAAGGCUCGGAACAAGAAAUCCGGGGAGCUGGUUGCUGUGAAGGUCUUCAACGCCGCCAGCUACCUGCGGCCCCGAGAGGUGCAGGUGAGGGAGUUCGAGGUCCUGCGGAAGCUGAAUCACCAGAACAUCGUCAAGCUCUUCGCGGUGGAGGAGACGGUGGGUGCAGUGCCCGGGCAGAGGACGGUCUUGACUUUGACCUUCGCAGGCUGGGAAGAGUCGGGUCACACGCUAAUAGAGGCUUGGUCACUUUCUAUAAACUUACAUAGGUAUCAUUUUUUAAACACCUUAUCUAUUACUUGUAUACAUUUUGAAUCCAUUAAGCUACAUAAAAAUUUAUGUAAAGAUAACACCAGGGGUGGAUUCUGAUGGUCUGUUGCCACCAGAAGGCAGUGGAAGGGGUCUGCUGGGCGGGCACAGCCCCCGCGCGCCCUCUCCCUCCAUGGCCGCCCUCUGGUUCUCCGGCAGCACCCUGACAUGUACGAGCGGGCCGUGCUUCGCAAGCCCCAGCAGAAGUCGUUUGGGGUGACCGUGGAUCUCUGGAGCAUCGGGGUGACCCUGUACCAUGCCGCCACUGGCAGCCUGCCCUUCAUCCCCUUUGGGGGGCCGCGGCGCAACAAGGAGAUCAUGUACCGGAUCACCACGGAGAAGCCGUCCGGGGCCAUUGCAGGCACCCAGAGGCAGGAGAACGGGCCCCUGGAGUGGAGCUACGCCCUCCCCAUCACCUGCCAGCUGUCCAUGGGCCUGCAGAGCCAGCUGGUGCCCGUCCUGGCCAACAUCCUGGAGGUGGAGCCGGCCAAGUGCUGGGGCUUCGACCAGUUCUUCGCGGAGACCAGUGACAUCCUGCAGCGAGUCAUCGUCCACGUGUUCUCGCUGCCCCAGGCCGUCCUGCACCACGUCUACAUCCACGCCCACAACACGAUAGCCAUCUUCCUGGAGGUCGUGUACGAGCAGACCAGCGUGGCCCCCCAGAACCAGGAGUACCUAUUUGAGGGUCACCUCUGUGUGCUCGAGCCCAGCCUCUCAGCACAGCACAUCGCCCACACGACCGCAGGAGCCCCCUUUGCCUUGCAUGUGGACUCGUGCAUAUUCAUAGAUUCAGCUUAUUCCGAUCCGCUUCAAUCUUUAUUCAUUGCAGUGCUCAGCCAUGUCACCAUGUGGGUGACUAGGGGCCUCUUCAAGCUGGUUCCCCUGCCCCAACCACAAGACUCCCCCGAUACCCCACAAGCCAGUGUGCUGUCCCAGGGGUGCCAUGCCCCAAAUGCGUCCUUCUCUGUCCUUCCCUCGAGGUUCAGCAACAUGGCCGGGAUGCCUGAGGUCCAGGAGCUGAAGAGGGCCGCGGAGCUGAGGUCUCAGCUGCGGACUUUGGCCGAGGUCCUCUCCUUAUUCUCCCACAACGUCACGGAGAAGCAGACGAUCCUGAGCAGCCUGAGCUCGGAGCUGGCGAAGAGCCGGGAUCAGGUACAUGAGGACAGAAGCAUCCAGCAGAUUCAGUGUUGCCUGGACAAGAUGUACCUCAUCUACAAGCAGUUCAGGAAGACCAGGAUGAGGCCAGGGCUUGGCUACAACGAGGAGCAGAUCCACAAGCUGGACAAGGUGAAUUUUAGCCAUUUAGCCAAGCGGCUCCUGCAGGUGUUCCAGGAGGAGUGUGUGCAGAAGUACCGGGCGUCGCUGGUCACGCACGGCGAGCGCAUGAGGGUGGUGCACGAGGCCAGGAACCACCUGCGCCUGGUCGCCUGCUCCGUGGCUGCCUACAGCACCGAAGCCCAGAAGGUGCAGGAGGGCCUCAGCAAGAUCCUCGACUGGCUGUCUCUCCAGCUCCUGCAGGACAGAGCAAAGGGGGCCCAGGUCCCCCCAACCCCCACGGCUCCUUAUUCCAGUCCUGCACCCAAGGACCUGGGUCUCCAGCUAAAGGACCUGGGUCUCCACAUGGAGGAGCUCUGUAAGGAGAUGAAGCUGCUGGCCUCCGACCUCCAGGACAACAACUGCAUCAUCGAAAGGUUAAGUCGGGUCCAAUCGGCCGCUGAUGUCUGAGCUCUGUGGGUGCACAGGGCAGCCGGAAGCAUUAGAAUCAUGGGACCCAACGCAGGACUGUCCCUGUCCCAUCAUCAGCCUACCUCCCUCCUGGCCGACCGCUGGGAGAUGCCACAGCAUUACCUUCACUGCCUGUCUGCGGGCAGCACGCAGGCCCCGGGCACCACACCGCUGUCAGGACCCACCUGACAUCCUACGCGGGCUCAGGCACAGCUCCUCCGUGGCCAGGCGCGCGGGCCCCUGGCACCCACGGCUGAACAUUGCGGGGUCCCCGGGAGAGAAGCUCUGACAACCUCUCUCCCCGGUUUACAGGGCGCCGCUCCUCAGGGAUCAGAAGAGGAGGCCCCACGGGGGUUCCCCAGGGUGCUGGGCCACACGGCCUAAUCUCAGUCUUCCUUCCUCUUGUGGUGUUUCUUGUUUCUUGUUGAACAUGUAGCCCUCUCCCCUCUCCUCUGAUUCCUGAGGGUCACACACUCGGCCGCAGGCAACGCAGAGUCUGAUUUGCCUUCUGCUCUGGGUCUGGCUGAGCCUUAGGGUGAGAGAGUGGGUGGUGGGGGCACCACCUCCAGGGACCUUCCCCUUCUCUCUCCCUCGGAGGCACCACCAGUUCUGGGAUGUCAGCCAGCUGGUCAGGAAUAGCCAUGCAAUUAGCACAGGCCUGUAAGCCCACAGCCCCGAGGGGAGACAGGCCUGCGCCUUUAAGAAGUGCAAUAAACGUGCCUUCCUUUCUGUU